AUGGGGUCGGGGCAAAGAUCUGUGGGUGGUAAUAAUCGUGCCAUUGUGGGGCACAUAGUGCUAGAAGAGCCUGGAUAGUACUAUAGGGGUUCAGAGAGGGAGGUACUAAGGAUUAGUCAGAUGGCUGUCAUGCUGGUCUAGUGUUGUCACUCUCUGGCCUGUAUAAUGAAUGUGCUGAUCACAGCUUCUCAUUGUGAUUGUUCCAUGUGUGUUGUGGGUUAGUGUCCCUGGAUCCAGAGACAGCCAGCCAACAGAUCCAUCAAAUCACUGGGAUGUUGGCAACGAAAAUGCGGUGAAAUGAAAGUUGGGAUAUUUAUGAGAGUGGUUGUGUCGCAACUGAAGACUGUUCAAAUACAAGGUUGCCUUUCAUGCUUUGCAAACCGCUACAAGCAAUAUUCAGGGAUUCAGCCAUACAGCAGGAGUCUAUCCACCUGGCAGGCUCUUUUAGACUCAGAGAGAAAACAAUGGCAAAUGUCAUCUAUGAGAUACAAAGAUUUGGCAGCGGUUUUCAAGAAAAGACUUGACAAGAUUCAUCUCACUAGUCCUGGAAGAUCACAACAGGAGAUGAUUACUCACGGAGAUUAUGUUUAUUUUGAAGAGGACAACUGUGUAUACCGCUUUCAGAAAACUAUUGGUGAAGAGAGCCUAGAGGUGUUGUUUUCUCCUGAAGAUGCGGGGCUGCAUGAUAGUUUGGUUCAACGCAUCCGCGUUUCACCCCAGCAAACUUAUUUGGCCGUUGCCUUGAAAAACUUUGACUGCGAAGACUCAAAAUGUUAUGUUGUGAAUCUUCAAAGGACCCCAGAAUUAAAACUCGUUAUAUCAAACAUAUUCAGUUUUGAGUGGGUUACUGACCAUGUUCUGUGUCACACAAGACUGGAGAACCUUCGGUGCCGUUCUGUGCAUAUGACAGAUUUCAGUAAUAGAGGAACUACUAAGCUUGUUUACAUGGAACAGGAUCCCAGGUUUUUUGUCGAUCUCUACCUGACCAGAGACCACCGCUUCCUCACCAUCAACAGUAACAGUAAAACCACCUCUGAGGUCCAUCUAGUAGACUGUAAUUGUCCUUUUCAAUCCCCUUUCCUGGUACAGCAACGCGUUCCGGGUAUAACGUACCAUGUGGAACACAGCAAUGGACAUCUUUAUAUUCUGAUAACUCGCGGAGAGCCUGCUGAGUACAAGUUACUGAAGGCUCCUGUCUAUAGCCCUACAAAUCAAUGGAAGCCGAUUUAUCAUGUAAAGCCUCGUUCCCGAAUGGUGGACAUGGAGAUAAUAAAGGAUCACUGUGUUAUGUUCUUGAAACGACACAAUGAGCUUCGUAUGGAGGUGACUUCCUUAUCCAGGGAAUUGCUUUAUCACUCUAUUAAGCUUCCGGAAUGGGCUUGUGCGGUUCAGCUGGCGGUGCACCCGGAACGAGGCUCCGAUCUCCUUCAGUUUUACCUGGAGUCUCCCGUAUGUCGUCCAAUCACGUAUGCUUAUUCGGUACUAGAAAACACUUUGUCGAUUGAAGCUGAUCAUGCCAUUGGAAAGAACGAGACUUGCCAAGUUUUUCGCCUUAAAGCAAAAAGCAAGGAUGGCACUUUGAUACCAAUUACUGUUUUCUGUGAAGCGGGAGAUGGGCUCAUACAGAGGCCGCUUCUGGUCCAUGUGUACGGAGCCUAUGGGAUGGACUUGAACAUGAAUUUUAAAGCUGAAAACAAAUUGCUGGUUCAAGAUGGCUGGAUAUUGGCUUUUUGCCAUGUGAGAGGUGGCGGCGAACUCGGCUGUAGCUGGCAUAAACAAGGGAUUUUGGAUAAAAAGCCGAAUGGUGUGCAUGAUCUGCAGGCCUGUAUAAAGCACCUUCACCAAUUGGGAUUUUCGCAGCCCUGUUACACAGCAAUUAUGGCUUCCAGCGCAGGAGGAGUUGUGGCCGGAGCGCUUGCCAAUUCUGAUCCCGGGCUUCUUCAAGCGAUGAUCCUGGAGGCCCCUUUUCUGGAUGUUCUGAAAACAAUGAUGGACACCACAUUACCACUCACUAUAGAAGAGGAGGAGGAGUGGGGCAGUCCAGCCUGUAACAUGGAACACUACAGAUCUAUAGAAUCCUAUUGUCCUUACAAGAAUAUCAGACCACAGAGUUAUCCUUCAGUUCUGAUCACUGCCUAUGAAAAUGACCAGCGUGUCCCCCUAAGCGGAUUACUGAGAUAUGUAAAGAAGCUUAGAAUGGCUGCAGAACAAUAUCGCCAAAGUUCUGAUUUGCCAGAUUCUAAAAAGCCUAAUAUAUUGCUAGAUGUCCAUCCCGGUGGAAGCCAUUGUGACUCCUUGCCUUGGGAGGAAUCAUUACAAAAGGUGUCAAUGCAUCUGUCCUUUCUACACCAAGAGCUGAACCUGAAUGAAUGUAAACUCUCCAGAGAUAAUCCCUGAUGUUCCUUCCAUGAAGAAUGAAACUUCGUUACAUAGUAGCUGACUUUUGCAUCGGAUCUUUAUUUUAUUUUUAAAUAAACCUUUCAUUUCACCUUGCA